GAAACAUCACCUCCGAUAUGAAUACAGGUAACAGUAUGUCAGUGAGCACAGCCAUAUUCUAUGGCAAGGUAAAGAAGAAAAGGACAGAACUGGCUCUUCCUGCAGAUGAAAGUGAGGAUGAGAUAGGAUUUAGUGACCAUGAGAAUGAUGUGGAUUGGACAGUUGAUGAAAGCAGUGAUGGAGACAUUUCAGCAGAUGAAGAGCUGCAGUUUGAGGCUGAAGAGGGAAUCGUGCCAACAACAGAAGAGAGAGAUCAAGAAGAAGUUAGAGCUGCCCUGUGCCCACCCUUCCAAAAGACGAAGAACCUGAAAUGGAGGAAAAAGAGGAGCACUGCUGCUGUUCCGGAAUGGAAGGGCAGCCUCCCUCAUGCUGGCAAUGUAAAGGAGCCCAUUGAAUACUUCAGGUGUCUUCUGAGCAGAAACAUCAUUGAAGAGAUGGUGUUCCAGAGCAAUCUCUACGCCAUCCAGUGUGACCCAACCAUGCCCUUGAAUGUCACAUUUGAAGAGAUGGAGCAGUUCCUGGGCAUAUGCUUUCACAUGUCUGUACAUGGCCUGCCACACACCCGAAUGUUUUGGAGCACAAAGACAAGAGUGGAUUGUGUGGCUGACACAAUGUCAAUGAAAAGAUGGGAGGCUAUCAAACGCUUUCUACACUUUGCCAACAACGACGGAUAGGUGCCUGCUGGACAUCCAGGUUAUGACAAGCUGUUCAAAGUAAGGCCACUCCUAACAGCUUUACAGGAGAGUUUUAAUCACAUCCCAAUGGAUGAGCACCUGUGUGUUGAUGAGCAGAUUAUACCAUUCAAAGGUAAAAGCCAGCUGAAGCAGUACAUUCCAAUGAAGCCUAAGCGCUGGGGCUAUAAGAUCUUCGUGCUGUGUGAUGGGAAUGGCAUAGCCUACAAUUUUGAUUUCUACACUGGUCCAAUCGCUGCAGUGGAGGGCUUUCCAGACCUGGGUGCCAGCGGAAAUAUUGUUUUGAAGUUGGCCUCAAUUGUGCCGAUGUAUAUGUCCCACAGAAUGUUUUAUGACAACUGGUUUUGUAGUGUUGAUCUUCAGGUGCAGCUUGAGAAAGCAGGGAUCCACAGUG